AUGCGGUCUGCUCUGAACGCGUUCCUCGCCGCGGCGCAGGUUGUGGCCACCUGCUUCAUGGCCUGGAAGGCCCUCUGUCUCUGGACGGGCACGCCAUACCCGAUUAUGAUAGUCACCACCGAGUCCAUGCUUCCAGCAUUUGCCGUUGGAGACGUUCUGCUCAUCUCAAAUCACGAUCGAAGUGUUGAGGUCGGCGACCUCCCUGUGUGCUGGUUGCCUAAUCGCGCGUUCCCAAUGGUCCAUCGGGUGCAUCGGGUGAUGUAUGAAGAGGAAGAUCGAAGGAAUCAAGAUCUGGCCCAGCCGCAGCAGCUCAUCUUGACAAAGGGGGACAAUAACUUGAUCGAUGAUAUGCUACUGUAUCCUGACGGCCAGGAUUAUCUCACCCGAAAUGAGGUCCUUGGAUUCGUGCGGGGGUAUAUACCAUUCAUCGGAUGGAUCGUGCUCGUUCUACAAGAGGUUGGGCGGCUUAGGGAGCUCGCUGCUUUAUUGUGUCGGGGUAUUCUUGGAACGACUAGCUGA